GUUAUUGAAGGCCCUUUCGAUGUCAGCGAACACGCACACCAACAGCCGUCCCGAGCCCAAACCCUGCUCCAACCUGGAAGUCAGAUGGUGAAGAGCCGAGCCCACAGACCCGCCACUUCGGUUCAACCUUUAUUUCAUUUCACAAUCAACCUGUUCGAUCCUGCUCUUGUUAAAUUUUGCGCUGAAAAAUGUCGCGUGCAACCCAGUCGUAAGGACAAAAAGUGGCUGUUUGAAGGGAUCAAUUGAUAGAAAUAUAGAUGGAGGUAAAUUUUAUCAGUUUAUGGGGAUUCCAUACGCAGAGCCCCCGGUUGGAGAUCUCCGAUUUAAGGCUCCAAAACCGAAACACCCAUGGAAAGGAAUCAGAAAUGCCACUGAGGAAGGAUCAGCCUGUCCUCACCGAAGGGAAAAGCGAUUUAAUCAAAGUGUGCCCCUGGUAGGAGACGAGGACUGCUUAUUUUUAAAUGUUUAUACCGCCGAGUUGCCCAGAAACUCUGCUACCAUGAAGCUUAAACCGGUGCUUGUAUACAUUCACGGAGGAGGAUAUGUUUUUGGAAAUGGUGGUCGGGCAAAAUACGGACCAAAGAAUCUCAUGACGGAAGACAUUGUCCUGGUUACUUUAAAUUACAGGCUCGGCAUAUUAGGAUAUUUAAGUUUCAGCGACCCAACUUUGGAGAUUCCUGGCAACGCUGGACUGAAAGAUCAACGCCUAGCCCUUCGAUGGGUCCAGGACAAUAUCCGAAGGUUUGGUGGUGACCCAAACCGUGUGACCAUAGAUGGUGAAAGUGCCGGAGGAUCGUCCGUACACUUUCACGUCAUAUCUCCAUCCUGCAGAGGUUUGUUCCACGGAGCUAUCAUACAAAGUGGCUCCACUUUGAACUCCUGGCCUUGGGGAAAACUGGAUGGCGCCAUUAGCGUCGUGAACAAAAUCGGGGUGAAAGCAAAGACGCAAAAAGAAGCACUGGACGUACUGAAAUCUCUAUCCGCAUAUGAGCUUGUUAGAGUCUUAGAGCAAAUGGGAAUUACUGAAUGCUCAAACGACUGGCAAGAUAUUUCGCCCGUUAUCGAGUAUCCCCACGAAGGCGCCUUUUUAACAAAAUCUCCAAUCGACAUAUUAAACGCUGGUGAACAGAACCAAGUCCCGUUAAUACUGGGAUACAAUUCAAAAGAGGGGCAUUGGAUGAAUUAUCAGCAAAUGGCAGCGAAGGCGAUGGGUACUUGGGUGGCGCCCUUUAGUUGGGAGUGCAUAAUACCCUGGCAGACGGGCAUUAAAAAGGGCACCGCGAAAAGUAAACGGUUUGCAGACACUUUGGAGCGGACGUACCAAACAGAAACGCCGGAGGAAAAUGUGGUUAAUGCUUGGUCUGACAGCAUUUAUGAUGUUGGAAUCGAACAGGCGAUAAAGUUCCAUUUAAAAACUCACCUGGCGCCUAUUUACGCGUAUCGAAUCUCGGUGAUUACACGCUUAAAUUAUUUGAAAAGAUCCUUGAACCUGUGGGACAAACCAGGUGUUUUCCAUUCGGACGAGCUGGGUUAUUUAUUCAGUCAAUCGAUAACUCCGAAAGUGUCACCGGGCAGUCCCGAGGAUAUAUACCGCAGAAGAAUCGUCAAAUUAUGGACGAAUUUCGUUAAGUACAAGAACCCAACACCAGAUGACGAGUUGAACGUCUUAUGGCAACCUGUCGAAAGCGUGGACCCAAUCAAACAACUCGAUAUAGGUGAAAAUUUGACUUUUGUGGAUACACCGGAAGCGAGAAGAUUCGUUGUUUGGAAUGAGCUGCUAGAAGAAUCACCAUUUAUAAUAAAUUGAACCACUGGGUUGCAGGCUAUUAUCAGUUUGCGUU